GUUCUGUUGCUCUCUCUCUCUCUCUCUCUCUCUCUCUCUCUCUCUCUGUGUGUGUGAAAGGGUUUGCGGGAAACUUGUUUCUAUGGAGUAGUUAUUAGUUAAGCCGAAUUUCGAGCAUUCAGGCUAGUGACAGAUUUCGCGGCGGAUUUGGAAAUUGCUGCUGCAAUUUUUGUACGAUGAGCGGUGCGAUUUUGGAUGAAAGCAAGUUCGAUGUGCACCUGAAGUUGUGGGCACUUCGAAUUCCUCGUGAACUGUGCAAGGUCGCUACUCGGAUACUAAACGGAUUCUUGCUGGACAGACCUCGCGUCAAACCCAUAACUGAAGACCCAACAAGCGAGAAAACUCGUUACAUGAUUUUAUCUGAGAAGGUUCAGAAUUCUGAUUUGUCUGAUAUCCCGGGCCAAAAACUUGAUGAACUGAAAGCGCUAUGUGAAAUUGAUGUAGUUCCCUACUCGUUGACGCUCGGAUAUUCCUACUGGGGUACAGACCAUGUGUUGAAGCAGAUUCUUCCGCCUGGAGUUGAGGUACCUUCAUCUUUUGAGACAAUAGGUCAUGUUGCCCAUCUAAAUAUCUCAGAUGAACUGCUUCCUUUCAAGGAUAUUGUUGCCAAGGUUAUCUAUGAUAAGAAUUAUCCCAGGAUCAAAACAGUUGUCAAUAAAGUUGGAACUAUCACCAAUGAGUUUCGUGUGCCAAAGUUUGAGGUCCUGAUGGGAACAGAUGACAUGGUUACUGAAGUGAAGCAGUAUGGUGCAAAAUUCAAACUUGACUACAGCUUGGUCUAUUGGAAUUCGAGAUUGGAACAUGAACAUAUAAGGCUGGUUUCUCAGUUUCAAGCAGGGGAGACCAUUUGUGACAUGUUUUCCGGUAUUGGUCCAUUUGCUAUUCCAGCUGCCCAGAAAGGAUGUCUGGUGUAUGCAAAUGAUUUAAAUCCAGAUAGCAUUCGUUAUUUGAGGAUAAAUGCAGAAAUCAACAAGGUCAAUGAUCUAGUCUGUGGAUACAAUAUGGAUGCUAGGAAAUUCAUAUGUCAAUUGAUGACGGCGCCUGCUUGUGAGAUUGAUAAGAUGUCUGAUGGUCCCGUUCUUGAAGCUCAGCAGAGAAGCAGCAUACAGGCCAAUGGAGAAACAAUGUCUCAAGACAUGAAGUUGGCAGGUGAACUGGAAGAAGUACGAGGUAACAAGUCGACCAACAGGGAGGGUGUAGAUCGGUCAUGUAUGAAUCAAGAUGCAAGUGUUGCUGCAAUUAAACGACCUUCUGGAAGUCAAGAAGAUGAUAAGUUAAAACAAUCUGCAAGUAAGCGAAUGAGAGGCUCAGAUUCAUUCCACCCCAAGCCCUGGGAGCAUGUUGACCACGUGAUAAUGAAUUUACCUGCUUCUGCUCUACAAUUUCUUGAUGCAUUUCGGGGCCUUAUCCAUAGGAGAUACUGGAAAGGAUCGUUACCUUGGGUUCACUGCUAUUGCUUCAUGCGGUCAAAUGAGACAGAAGAAGUGAUAAUUUCAGAGGCAGAGAGUGCCUUGAAUGCUCGUAUACGAGAUCCAAUAUUCCAUAGGGUUAGAGAUGUUGCUCCAAACAAGGCAAUGUUCUGUUUAAGCUUUAGGUUGCCAGAGGAAGCAUGCUUCGAUGAAGAAGUCACUAAAAAUGUCCAUUCUGUUGGCAGGGAGUCAAAAGAAGAACUAUAGAAUUUGAGUCCUUGGCGUCAUGGUUGAUCCUACGGUGGGGAUUGUGUAAUUCUUCUACCUAACUUAACGCCUAAGCGAGGAUUGAAAAGGUAAACGGAAAAGACAUAGGAGCGUAGGUUAGAAGAGAAACACUGAUCUAAUUUAUCGUUUAAAUUCUCCUUCUCUAGUAUUGGACUGGAAGUGUAUUCUACCCUCACCAGAUGUGUAGUUUUGGACUGGAAUUUUGGUUGUAGUGCUUGAUAUUAGAACAGUUGCUUAGUUCCGCGUUUGACGU